AUGACUACUUUCGCUACAUUGAAGACCCGGCUCCCAUGGAUACAGACUCCCCUCAUCGCCAAUGCCCCCAUGAGUGGCGUGGCCACAAGUGAAUUAGCGACAGCAGUCACGCGUGCCGGUGGUCUGGGCCAAAUCGGAUAUCUAGACGACAUGCACGCUUUGUCCCAAGAGCUAGACUCUACAAGGAAAGAGCUUCAAAAUAUUAUGGACACCCUUCCUGAUCCAGAACAAUUGCCGAUCGGGCUGGGAGUAAUUGUAUUUGGAUCUCCAGUCGAUGCAUGGAUGCGGCUAUUUGCAAAAUACAAGCCCGCCGUUGCAUGGCUUUCCUUCGCUGGAACGAGCGAAAUGAAGACUUGGACGGAGAGUAUUCGGAAAGUUUCACCAAAGACCGGCAUUUGGGUGCAGCUCGGAAGUGUGCAGGCCGCGGUGGAUGUAGCUCUGGCUUGCCAUCCCGAUGCAUUGGUCCUUCAAGGAAGUGACGCCGGUGGCCACGGACAUCAAGACGGAGCGAGCAUCGUUUCUCUUAUCCCUGAAACUGUGGAUGCACUUCGGAAGCUGGAAAUUGAUAUCUCUUUGAUCGCCGCGGGGGGUAUCAUGGAUGGAAGAGCAACCGCUGCAGCGCUUACUCUAGGUGCUUCGGGGGUAGUAAUGGGAACACGGUUCCUUGGAGCUGCCGAGUCCCACGUUCCUCAGAUCUACCGCGAUGCUAUAUUUAGUGCCUCGGAUGGCGGUCAGUCUACAGCGCGAUCUCGCGUCUUUGAUGAAAUCUGGGGCCCCAAUUUCUGGCCUACGACUUAUGAUGGUCGAUGCCUGAGGAAUAAAUUCUAUGAAAUGUAUACCAGGGGAAAAGAUAUCAAAAGUAUUCGAGCUUGGCUGUCGGAUACUAUGAAUGGGUCUGAUGGGGAACGUCUUGAUGUCCAGGAUAUGGGAAGUUUAUGGGCUGGUACGGGCGUGGGCAUGAUGAAUACGCUGGGAAAUGCUGCUGAUAUUGUUGAUUCGAUACGAGAGGAUACCAAGAGGCAUCUGAAACAUGCUGCUUCACUGUAUUAA